CUUAAAAUUGUAUAUGGGCACAGGAUUCAUUAGCAUAGCAUGUAGUGGAAUCAGUGAAAGUUUUUCUUGUGUUUCGAGUCUUGUUUUAGAAUUGCUAUUGCGCGAUAAUAUAUUAGCAGCUGAAGGUAGCCCCGAUUGUUUCUGCCGGAAAAGGCACAAUGUUAUUUAUUGCAUGAAAAAUCUCAGGAAUAGUUUUCUGAAUGCUGUGCUGUGACGUGCAUAAAUCAAAUCUGAAAUAGAGGAACGCCUCAAGUUCAUAUUUCUGGGAUUCUGUGUUUCUUGUUGACACCACUGUUUCGUAUAUUUUUGCCUGCAUCAUGACGUGCCGAAUUGAUUUUAGCGAAUGUCUGAAGGAUUCUCCUAAAUUCAGGUUGCGCCUUGAUCAAGAGGAAUGUGAUAUCGAUCAUUUAGAGCAAAAGCUAGAUAAAGUCAUUAAAAUGUGCAGCCAGGCAGUAGAUAGUGGCAAAGAAUAUAUUCGGAAUCAGAGUGCGUUUGCCACGUCGCUUUGGGAUUUGCAGAAACAUUUUCAAGAUGACAAAUCGUCCACUAACGCCUUAGCCAAGCUUAUUCAUUGCUUGCAGGAGAUGAACAAAUUUCACACUACUUUGCUGGACCAGGCCAAUCGAACCGUUCUUAAGAACUUGACUAGUUUUCUCAAAAAGGACGUAAAAGAGGUUAAGGACUACAAGCAAAUCUUUACUAAAGUUUCGGAAAACUUGGACACAGCAGUGUACAAAAACGCUCAAGUUAACAAGAACCGCCCAGUUGACAUCGUUGAAGCGGAAAAUUUGCUUUCAGCUACAAAAUCGUGCUUUAACCACGCCGCUUUGGAUUACGUUAACUAUAUCACUAUGUUACAGAAUCGUAAACGUCAUGAAAUUUUAUCGACUUUACUUAGCUAUAUUCAGGCUUGUAGCACAUAUUUUCAUCAAGGAUCUGAUUUGUGUGAAGAUUUCGGAAGUUUCUUCAAAACAUUAGAUGAAGAAAUUAGUGUUAUGCGCGGACAAUACAAUUUAUUAGACAAGCAGAUGCAGAACCGACAUACAUGUGUCAAUGAGCUGCUAGAUGAUGGCGAGAAACAUACGUCUUCAUCGACGAUAUCUUCCUCAACGUCAAAUAUUUGCACCGGUGGCAACGUAGAUGACCUCGAUCAACGAGCUUCUCAAUCCUCAAGUAGACCAUUGAAUCAUAUGGAAGGAUAUUUGUUUAAACGUACGUCAAAUGCUUUCAAAACGUGGAACCGGCGCUGGUUUUGCAUGCGUGAUAAUCAAUUGUUCUAUCGAAAACGAACUGGCGAAGAAUUACCGACAGUAAUGGAGGAAGAUUUGCGUCUAUGUACAGUGCGACUGCAGUCUGAAGCAGAUCGUCGGUUUUGCUUCGAAGUUAUUUCACCAACUAAAUCUCAUAUCCUACAAGCUGAUUCGGAAGCAAUGUUACAGGCGUGGUUUAAGGCUUUGCAGAAAGGUAUUGACUCUGCUAUACAAUAUCAUAGUCCAUAUAGCAAUGAUAUGCGUGGUAUUCAGAGCCAGUCUCCAACAAAUGAAACAUGCCCAGCAAACCUAGGAAUUCCCGGGUUUGUUGGAGGAAAAGGUGUUGAUCAAAAGAAGGGAGCCAAACGAAUAAACUGGACUCAAAUCCUCAAGAUUCCGGGCAACUCUCAGUGCUGCGACUGUGGAAAUGCAGAUCCAAAAUGGGCCUCGAUUAACCUUGGAAUAACGCUUUGCAUUGCAUGUUCUGGAGUACACCGCAGCCUAGGAGUACACUACAGCAAGGUUCGUUCCUUGACGCUGGACGUAUGGGAACCUGAAAUUUUGCGCGUGAUGAUCGAGCUCGGAAAUGACGUCAUCAAUCGGGUAUACGAAGCCAAUAUAGCCAAAGUAAAUCGUUUCGACCGAGCUACAGACAACUGCGAAAUAUCAAUCCGAGAAGCAUGGAUUAAAGCAAAAUACAUCGACCGAAAAUUUGUUCUGCCGUUAGACGGCAACUGCGGUUUGGGGUCGGCCCCAACGCCUACGAGUACUUCAUCGUCAACUCUCUCAUUUAAGAGUUUAGAUAAUGAUAACUCGAAAUAUCCCGAAAAAUGGAGCAUUAAAAAAUUGAGGCGACGGAGCUAUCGUAAGCUACUGAGGAAGAAAAAAAUUGAACAAGAAGAAGGCGAAGAAGCAGCUGGAGCACUAAACUAUAUCGAUCCUGAUGCAGAUGAGAAGGACGUAAAUCUUAACAUUCCAAAGAAGUUCAACGACAUUUUACUGAUUGGCGAAAAUAUAAUUGAAAAUAAUCACAAUCUUACCGACGAAAACCUAUUGUUGCUUAAUUCGGAUCAAGAGUCAACAAGUGGAGAAGAAGAUAAUACCAUUAUGGAAUGUGAAGAAUUCGAUAAGUUAAAUCCUAAUUUUUUGUUAUAUAAGGCAUCAGGUGGUCACAAUUUGCCCGUGAUGUGUCAAGCGUUAGCAUUAGGAGCAGACAAAAAUUGGUGUAACCCAGACGAGUUAGAUAGGACUGCAUUGCAUGCGGCGAUCCUUUCCGGAUCGGUAAUGUCCUGCGAGUUUUUGAUACUCAACGGUAGUAAUAUUAACGCGGCAGACCGAAAUGGAUUUACGGCGCUUCACCUAGCCACAGAGAAUAGUUGUACAGCUCAGGCUUACUUACUCCUUAAACAUAAAGCCAAAUACGACAUACUAGCAAAAAAUGGUAAACUACCAAUUGAUAUCGCGGUAGAAAAAACCGAUGCUGAUAUUGUAACACUCUUACGGUUGGCGCAGUUAAAUGAUGAAAUCGGCCCCGGAGAAGAUGGUGACAACUAUUCCGGAGGCGAUUCUACAUAUGCAGCUGUAAUGAAUGAUUUCUCUCAUUUCACUAGUAUUCAGCCUCAGCGAUUGCAGCGAAACCGCAAUGCUGGUGCUACACAAGCAGUGGAAACAACUACAGCCGAUUGUAGCCUUAGCUCACUUGCUUCAUCUUCUACAGGUAGUACCACAACGGGCAUUGCGCCUGCAGCUGUAGAAACUGUGGUUCCUGAUCUCGAGGAAAAAAAGAAAUAGGUGAAUUAUUCGAAUUUGCUGGCGAGUAUCAAUGAUAUCUAUGUGCUUCCGUUUUACAUGAUGAGAGAAUACUUAGAGAAGCUUCUGUACUUACUUCCAAUCGUUUAGAAUGAUGAAAAAUGUGAUAUGUAAUAACAACGAAAAGGUGAAACAUAAUUUCUCAUCGUCAGCCAUAGUGUUAAAAAGUUUUAAUAGGAAACUUAGUAAUUCUGCUGAAUAUCAUCAAUAUAUUUUACCAUAUAGAAAAUAGCAGCAUUUUUGAAAGAAUACUUGUCUAUUUUAAUACCUUGGAAGAAUGUUAAUUAAAGUUUAUUUUUAUACCACUAGAAUGGUAAACUGCGAUGUAGAAAAGGGAACAAUAGGUUUAAUGAAAAAAUUGGAAAAAUGUAAUGACAAUUAGCAAAUCAUUUUAUUCGAAAUAGCUAUUUAAAAUGGCAAAUUGAAUCAUGAAAACUAAGCAAUGGUACCAUUUCCAAAUUAUGCUAUUGAUGUAGCAAAAAAUAACUAUUGCAGAAGCUCGAGAAAAGCCUGUGCGUGUUCUCACUCUCUUCAAAAUAGGAACCUAAUCAUUCCACUAUAUAUUUAUGUUUUUUAUUGAUGCAUGAAAAUUCGACAUUUUUAUCAAUCCUAAGUUAAACGAAAAUUAAUUAUACACGCAACUCUAUUAACUUUAAUUAUAAAAACAAUCAAGCAUAUAAGGAAAAUUUUAAUUUUUUCUAUAUAGGUAUAUAAAUAAAAAAAAAUGUUCGAAAGUUAAAAUUCUCUACUCUGAGGGAACUGCUUAUGCAGAUUUUCAAUUGCCGGUCCAUAUUUAAAAAGAAGAAAAUAGGACGUUUACGGUAUUAGUUAAGUAUUAGUUUAUACUUAUUUUAAAUCCUGUAAUCUCCUUGAAAAUUAUAAUAGAAUAUGUAUGAUCGAUAGAUACCUAUCGGAUUCACAGCAACCACAUUACCCAACGAGCACAUCUUGCUUUAGGAAUUUAUGUCAUGACAGGACAAGGCUUCAAUUAGUUUUCUUAAAAUUACGAGUACAAUUAACUUUCGCUCAUUGCCCACUUUGUGAAAAACUUUCGUUAAUUGGGCUGAGCUGUCAAAGGUAAAGAUACAUCGAUUGUUUUUUUUAAAUUGUGAAGAAAAUGUUCAACAAAGUAUUCAUCAAACAACCAUAGUGAAACGUAGUGGUAUUUAAUUUUCUUGUUGUUGACGAUUAUUCAUAAAUUGCUUAGUAAUUGAACCAUCAAAUUUUAGGACAAUGGGAAUAUGGGCAUUUUUGGUUACUUGAUCGUUAGGUUAAAAAUGUUUAACGAAUAGCAUGAUUCAUUAUUUGGUUUAAUCAAUUUUCAUGUGUCCUGUUUACAUUAUUUACUAUAUUUUAAAUAAUUCAGUAAUUCGAUUUCAAUUCAUUUCAAUUUGAAUCAAUAAUUCAAAAGAAAACAUGGGCUGUCCGAAAUGACGUUUGGCUUCGUUUUACAUGGGAAUAAUACAAAGUAUAUGGCAAUGAAGCCGAUUGGUGUACCAAUCGAACUGCAAGCUCUAUACCAUGGUAUGCACCACAGACAAACAGACGAGACACUCGCGUUAAUUCCAUCGUCCAAUCAAAAACCACUCAAAAAAGCAUGUUUCGCAACAUGGACACAUCGCGACGCGCGAGUGUUGCUUCGAGUUUUCAGUAUAAAACCAUACAAAUGUAAAAACCCUACAGCAUAAAACCCUGCAAAGGCAAGUUACUCCGCAACACGCAUCAUAACAAAGGGUGUUAGCACAGACAAACAGACAUAACACUCGUUUUCCAUUCUUCGUACCGAUUAAACCGUCAUUUCAAAUUCGGGUUUAGCUGGGAAUGUCUCCGUUUUGGUCAAAGUGGCGCUUUUUGACGAAAGAAGUGGAACUCCCCAUAAAAAUACUUGCUAUUUCGAUGGGUACCCAUAUUGCUAUUUGAUAUUUGGGAAUGUCGAUCAUAGUUGGUGCUAGUGUUCAGGCUAAAUGUGAGGUACGAUAAUUUUUGAUGAUUUUUCUUAUAAGAGUUAUGUCUGUUUGCCUGUGGUGUUAGUGUGCAAGCAAAAUGGGUAGGACGAUGGUUUUUAAAGGAUUUUCUUUUAUGUAUCAUGUCAGUUCGUCAGUGUUAUAGAGCUUUACUGUAACCCAAUUAACGGGAGCCCGAAUAAAACAUAGUUCACUUAAAGAUCACCCAACGAGCGCAAGUUGACUGUACUGGAGUGUCUAGAGCUUCAUUUAAUUCAAAUGUACGAAAAGAUUUUGAUAAAAGGAUACAUAAAAUGAUGUGAUGUCUGAUGUUAUUGGUCUGCCGUUUUGUUAUUACUUGAAAAUAUAUGCAUUGUUCUAUUAAUAUUGUUGGUUGCGGCGAUCAUUAUGUUAAAAAUACAGAAUCAAACCACGAAGCAUCAUAUAAAUAAAUAUAUUAUA